AAUCGCCAGGUAAUCGUACGUCCCUGGGCGUUCCCGCGAAAAGUGGGGAACAUCUGGUAGCGCGCUUCGGCUGAUCGUUCGCCCGAUGGUGUGCGGUGACAUCGAGCCGUUUCUUCACAGUUUCGGCAAUUCGGCACGACCGCCGAAGAAGAAGAAGAGAAGGAGGAGGAGGAGAAGAGAUCCGAUAGCGAUUGGAUCGUAUCAUUGUCCGACAGGAUCUGUCAGUUAAAGGGCUCCUACGCGUUCGCCCUUCAAUAUCGUCGUGUUUAACGAAGGGUGCCGACGUCAUUCCUCUCUCCCUCACUGUCCCGUCCCCGUCUCCGUUGAAAGAUGUUGGGCCUGGUUUGCCGUCAGGCAUUGCUGGCGAAUACCCAAAAAGUCGGCGUUAGAUGCUUAGUAGGGUCAAUAGUGCCGGUGCCAAGUCCGCCGGAAUUUCCGCUGGAGAAUGAGCCCAUUCUCAGCUACAAGAAGGGCAGCCCGGAGAGAGCGGAACUGGAGAAGGUCUUGGGCAACAUGGCCAAUGAAUGCGAGGAGGUGCCGUUAAUUAUAGGAAACGAGGAGAUCAAGACCAACUUAUGCAAAUAUCAGGUCAUGCCACAUAAUCACAAGGAGAAGAUCGCCAUGUAUUAUUGGGCGACGCCAGAGCUCGUGAAGAAGGCGAUCGACGUCGCGGUGAAGGCGCAACGGGAAUGGGAGAGGUGGCCGAUCGAGAAACGGUUGGAGAUGUGGCUAAGGAUAGCGGAUCUCAUGGCGACCAAAUACAGGCAGCACUUAAACGCCGCGACGAUGCUCGGCCAGAGCAAGACCGUGAUACAGGCGGAGAUCGACAGCGCAGCGGAAUUGAUCGACUUCUUCAGGAUGCACGCGUACUUCGCGAAGGAGAGCAUCAAGUAUCAGCCGAUCUCACCGGAUCGGCAGACCCUCAACUCGAUGAGGUAUCGCGGUAUGGACGGUUUCGUCGCGGCGGUGUCGCCUUUCAACUUUACCGCGAUCGGCGGCAACCUCAGCUACACGCCGGCUCUGAUGGGCAAUGCUGUGCUAUGGAAGCCAUCCGACACCGCGUUAUUGUCCAACUGGUGGAUCUUUAAGAUAUGCAGGGAGGCCGGAGUGCCGCCUGGCGUGGUGAAUUUCGUUCCGUGCGAGGGACCCGUGUUCGGCGACACCAUCACGUCCUCGCCUUAUCUCGCCGGACUCAACUUUACCGGCUCAGUACCGACAUUCAAUCGUCUGUGGGCACAGGUCGGCCAGAAUCUCGCCAAAUACAGGAACUAUCCGAAAUUGAUUGGCGAGUGCGGCGGUAAGAAUUAUCAUUUCGUUCACCCGAGCGCGGAUGUGGAAUCGGUCAUCAACGCGUCGAUAAAGAGCGCGUUCGAGUAUAACGGACAAAAGUGCUCCGCUUGCAGUAGAAUGUACGUGCCGGAGUCUUUGUGGGGUAAGAUAAAGGACGGUCUCUUAGAUCUUCGCCAGAAACUCAAGAUCGGCGAUGUUCAAGAUUUUACUGUGUUCACCGGCGCCGUUAUAGACGCCACUGCGUUUAAACGUAUUUCUAGUUAUAUCGAUUAUGCAAGGAAAUCAUCCAAGAUGGAAAUUCUCGGCGGUGGAGGCUCCGACAAUUCGUGCGGAUACUUCAUCGAACCGACAAUAGUACAAAGCAAAGAUCCAAAAGAAAAACUCAUGACAGAAGAGAUAUUUGGACCGGUACUUACGAUCUAUGUUUACAAAAACUCCGAUCUGGACGAAACGGUAAAAUUGGUAGAGACAUCAACGCCAUACGCCUUAACAGGCGCAAUAUUCGCGGAAGACGAAAAAUGGGCAAAAAAGGCGCUUGAGGAUUUAAAAUAUACUGCCGGUAAUUUUUACGUCAACGAUAAAUCGACCGGAUCAGUGGUCGGCCAACAACCAUUCGGCGGCAGUCGAAUGUCCGGUACAAACGAUAAAGCCGGCGGACCGCAUUAUCCUCUUCGCUGGGCGUCCCCGCAAUCUAUUAAGGAGACCUUUGCGCCCAUACGGGGAUAUGACUAUCCGUACAUGAGAUCCUAAACACGGACGAUUCAUUAUUGAUUCAUCGACGAUUCAUCUAGAUUGGCGAUAGUCGCGCGCGUCGCAAAUUGAGCUCUCACGUUUGCAAUAUCUGAUGAGAAAAACCGUAUCGAAGCAGUACACUGCGAUAUUAAUACAUCCUGCAUUGACUCGAUAAGCGAGGAAGGGUUUCAUAAAUGAAGUGUUGUAUAAAUUCGUAACAUUAAGAGACUCGUAAAAACGUUAUUUUUUAAUUAAGUUUCUUAAUUGAGAAAAUCAGAUCAACACUUUAUAAUUACAGAAAUAACAUAAAAUGUUAUAUCACAUAUUAUAAAGUGAAGCUUUAUUUGGGUAAUAUUUUUAUCCCAUGAUAUGACGUUUCUCGUUCAGUUCUAAUCAGAAAAAAGUGAAGGAAAAUUAUAUGUCAAAAAUAAAAGAAUAAGAAUAAAGAAAAACAAUAAAAUAAAAUAUAAGUACUAUGGGAUAAAAUCUUAAAUGCUAGAUUAAUUUAACACGCGAAAAUUGAAAAAAAAGAAGAUUGAUUUCAUGUACUUUGCGUAAACAUUUUGUCUCGAUAAAAAGCAUAGUAAAUUUGCGACCGCAGUUUUAUGAUGCACGAUAGAGGCACGAUUAGAAUUUUUUUAGAUGAACUAAUGCUAGAGAGAGGAUGAGUCGCACACAUAUACACACACACACAGCUUUGUAAGCGAGUUAAAAUAUAUUUAACCGCUUUCGAAUGUUUUUGACAUUACUUCGCGGCGGAUACAAAUGCGAUGAUUGGUCUUGCUACCCGCGGACAUUGCUUCGUAAGCGUUGCACACGGAUUAUUCAUCACUAGUACACAUUAUCAAAGUAUUAUCUGAUGUGCAUUUUGGAAACGUGAGAUCUUUUCAGCGUGACACGUGAUUUUUUUUUUUCUUUGUGUCUCUCCCUCUCGGUAUAAUAAAAUUUUUAUAACUCAGGUUUCGAGCGAUCGUGUUAGAGAAAAAAUAAGAGCAAAGCGACGCGUUUAUCUACCAAGGGGUACUUUGAUACAUGUGAGAGGUACCUACAUAAUCUCUCAAAAUUAUAACCGAUACUGGAUAUCGUUAUUGUCAAGUGUCCUCAAUGUCGACGAAAUAGAGUAAAUAUUAAUGUGAUUGAUAAAGCGCUUCGGCUUGAACAUCCUGUUUAAGCGGCGCGAUAAUAUAUUCUACAUUUCUUUUUUAUUACUAUUAGGGAAAUUGUGUGAUGCGGGUAUGCAGUGACUUUGGUUCCUUUGUAAUGUACUUUGUAAGAUUGUAUAUACAGAAGACGAUCUCUGUAACAAUUAAUAGACCUUUUAGAUAUACCCAUAGACCCGAUAUCAUCAAUUGUCCUAUGGUAUCGUUCGCGAUGUGGCUGAGACGAGAUCGAUGAGAUUUUGCGAGUCGACCGAGUGAUGGCCCAGGACAUAGUAACUGACAAUAUGUUGUAUACUGCGGCAAAUGUUACAGCGUUAUUUAAGUGUACAAUAGCAAUAAAAAAAUAUAUA